CACCUCCUGCACCAGCUCUCUCCGCUCCGUGCUCAGCGCAGUUGUUUUUGCAGAGACGUCACUGGGGACUGGAGGUGACAGUUACCGGCCAGCGGGUGGCGGACUGGAAGCUGCGCUCUCGGCAUAUGUAAACACGAGGCGUGGGGGUCCACAGGGCCUGCAAAGAUGUCUGAGAACUCUAGUGACAGCGAGUCAUCAUGCGGAUGGACAAUUAUCAACCAUGAGGGCUCGGAUAUAGAGACCCUACACUCUGAAAUGGAACCCAUUUCCGACCAUACUUUAGAACACAGUACAACGUUUAUAGAAAAUGGUCAGCCAGAUUCACCAGACGGACUUCCAGAUGCCUGCAGAAAUGAGGCUACUGCAGCAAGUGUAGAAAAUAUUCCAUCCAGUUUAGAAGAACAUCCACAAUCUACUGAGCUUUUGUCUUCCUUUAGCUCUUAUACCAAACCAGAGAGCUCACUUGCACAUGGAGCAUGCCAUGAUGCAGACAGCAUGCUGGGUGAUGGAGGUCAUUGUGAAGCUGUCAGUGAUGACUCUGACAUUGCUACCUUAGAGCCUCCUAAGAUUGAUGAUAUUGGGUCCUUGGAGGAGGAAGAGAUUCCAGAAAAUGCUGGUGGAAGCACAGAGAUGAACAUGAGCUUUUCUUCUAGUAGCCAGUACACAUUCAGUCAACCAGAAACUGUGUUUCCAUCACAACACAGUGCGGAUGACACCAGUAACGAUGAAGCUAGCGAUGAUUCGGUUCCUGUUCUGCGACGGCGACGUAAGAGAUCAACUAUGUCUGGAUCAGAGUCUGAGAACAGGCCUCCUGCUGACCAUCCUGUUUCUCCUGAGUCCAGACCAUUGUUGCGGAUGGGAAGCAGCCUAAACAAGUGCAUUAUUCUCUCUCUGCUUAUAGCAAUAAGUAUGGGUUUUGGACAUUUUUAUGGAACUAUUCAGAUAAUGGAACGUCAAAAAUAUGUUGAAAAGUUCCAUGAAAAUGAACUAAGUGAUAUGAAAGAUGAUCUGUUUCAGUGUCAGAGGGACCAAGAAGCUACAAUGGAACAGAAGGAAGCUGUAGAGCAGCUGACAGAAGAUCUAGAAGAGAAACAAGAUAUGGUACUAACUCUCAAGGGCCUAAUGGAUAAAAUUACAGAAGAAAAUCAAAAGCUUAAACAAAAACACAUUGAGUUAAAGUUAGAGACGGAUGACCUUGCAACCAGUUUGAAAACUACUGAAGUACAAAAUAGAAACCUUGCACUGGAAAACCAGCAGCUUAAGGAGUCCUUAGAGAAAGAAGAGCAAGCGUUAUCCUCACUGAAAGAAGAGCUCCGGAAGUUAAGAGAACAAAUCCGAAACCUGGACACGAAAGGAAGGCAUGAUGUUGUGCUGACAGAAAAUCAGAAGCUGAAAGAACAUUUGAAAGAGGAAAGGCAAAAGGUUCGUAGUUUCCGCACACAGAAAGAGACCCUUCUAAGUGAAGCACAAUUACUAAGGAACAAACUGGACGAAGAACGACAGAUUACAGAUUCUUUAAAGAUGGAGCUUGAGGAAAUAAGCAACAGGAGAUCGUCAGAUGCCACCUAUGAUAGCAACCGAGAAAUUGAGCAUUUGAAGGACCGACUUUCUGAGUUAGAAAGGAAACUAACUUUUGAGCAACAGCGUUCAGAUUUGUGGGAACGACUUUACAUCGAAGCAAAGGAACAAAAUAAGGAACAGGAAGCUAAAAAUAGAUAUACUCACCAAGAUCAAUCAGAUGAAAGAAACUCAAAAGGUAAAACAAAAAAGAAUUCGAAGGAUACAUUUUUUAAUUCCGUAAAAGACACAUUUGAUGCAAUGAAGAAUUCAACCAAGGAGUUUGUAAGGCAUCACAAGGAAAAAAUCAAACAAGCAAAACAAGCUGUAAAGGAGAAUUUGAAGAAGUUCUCUGAUUCUGUCAAAACCACUUUCAGGCACUUUAAAGAUUCGACCAAAAAUAUGUUUGAUAAAAACCGCUUUAGAAAACAAGCAGACAGGAAGAGGGAAGAAGCCAAAGAAGCACACACGGUACGUCGUGAGUACAAACAUGAGUCUCAGAAUGUGAACAAGCCAACAGCCAAUCAACAUGAAUACGAAGACUCAAAAAGUGACCAGAACAGUGAUGACUUUGAAGAUAAAGCUGCCUGGCAAUUCAAUAGUGCAAAAAAGAGCAGCAUUCACCAAUUCACUAACCAAAAGGGUUGUUCUGGAGUUUUCGACUGUGCUCACCAAGAAUCUUUUAGCCUCUUCAACAAGGUGGUGGACCCAGUGAGAGUAGAAGAGUUUCAUGAUUUGAUGCAUGUGUUUUUACAGGAACAAGUAGAUAACUUCCAACACUGGAAGGAACUAGAGCAGUUCAUUAAUAGAUUUUUUCCUAAUGGUAUUUUCAUUCAUGAUCAGAUGCUCUUUACUGAUUUUGUGAAGGAUGUUGAGGAUUACCUUGAAGAUAUGAAGCAAUAUCAGACUAACACUGGUGGAGUGUUUGAAGACCUUGAUGAAUUUGUGUACAGACACUUCUUUGGGAGUACUUAUUCUGCACCAUAUGGACCAAGAAAACCUGAAAGUAUAUCUCCUUCCAUGGAUCCAGAAAGUAACAAACACAGAAAACAGGAUGAGAAGCAACAACCACGGUAUAAAAAGGAAUGUAAGUGGCAUAAGCAUGGGCGUGCCAAUGGAAGACACAUGGCAAAUUUUGAAAUAGAAUUAGGACAGCUGCCCUUCGAUCCUAAAUAUUAACCAGCAUGGAACACUCUGUAUUGUAGAAAUUAUAAUUAGAUUAGAGCCAGCAUCCUGUGUCUCCGUAACUGUUGCUGAAUAACAGUCCCACCAUCCCGCUAACGGCUAGUCACUGGUUUGUUAUGCUAGUAAUGUCUGGUGUUCUCGUAUGUGCAAUCUGUUAAUGCUUUGCAAAUGUUUUAUUUUAGUAAUGAACAGAUUACUUUUGUCUGGUUGCAUGAUUCUAUGCCAUCAAUGAUCUCUGCAUCACAAGAAGUAAUCACGUCUGUUUAGUGUCCUAUUAGGCAUGCCUUGUUCAAUUCCUUUUUUUAAGAAUGGAUUAUUGCAUAUUACAUUUUGAAGCCCUUUCUUAACGGAUUUCUUCCAUGAGAUUUUAAAAAGUUGUUCUCGCAUUGUUGGUAAGAAAAUAAUAAAGAAACUGGAUACAA